CUACUGCUUAACCCUGAAGCAAACCCUAAUGGAGGAUUCUGGUUAAUCCGGCCGUUUGAAGCACGUAAUAAAAUCCAAGUCGCCCCUAGCCACAGUGCCAGGCUACCCCACGUGAACUCCAUGGGGUUAUUACCCUCGUUAAAACCUAUGGAUUUCUAGCAUCAUCUCAAGAACACAUAAAAAAAACUCUCUUGCUUUACCUUGUGAAACCGCGAAGGUUGAAAAGCAGAUGUUAAAAGGCCACCGGAUCAUCUCGAAUAGAAGCGUUCAAGUAAUUGGAUAAAAAAAAUCCAUUUCUUUAUCCCUGCGCCGUGACGGCGGCGGCGACCAUGGCGGGGGGCGGGGCGGCGGCGGCUGACGAGAUCGCCGGCGGCGCGGAUGCCAGCUUGAAUGCCUUCUUUGACCACGCGGGGUUGGAGUUGACGGCGGGAGGAGGGGAACAGGGGGCGGAGGAAGAGGAGGAGUUGGAGUGGCUCUCGAAUAUGGACGCGUUCCCGUCGGUGGAGACCAUGGCGGCGGAGGCGGCGCCGUCGCGUCCGUUGAUGGGUCUGGGUCGCCUGGAGGCGCUGCCCCAUGUGGUGGGGCCGAGGACCAAGGGGUUGCGGCGGCGGCGGCGGGUGAUGGCGCCGUGGAGCGUCCCGCCGGUGCUGCCGCCCCUCGUGGCGGGCGACGCGCCACGGCGCCGGUGCACGCACUGCGCGUCGGAGGAAACGCCGCAGUGGCGGCAGGGUCCGGACGGCCCCAGCACGCUGUGCAACGCGUGCGGCGUGCGUUUCAAGUCCGGGCGGCUCUUCCCGGAGUACCGGCCGAUAAACAGCCCCACCUUCUCCCUGCUGCUGCACUCCAACUCCCACCGCCGCGUCCUGGAGAUGCGCCGCCAUCUGGAGGAGGAGACCACGCCCGCCGGCAGCGCCGGCGCCAGGGCCCGCCGCGCCGAGCGCUAAGCCGCCAACAAGUGCAAGUGAUGCAACAGCCGCCUUGACCGAGAGAACAAUGGUUGCUUUCUUGGCGAUGGAGGAUGGCGAUGAUUAGAGAUUAUGAUUAGCAUCGAUCCUUAUCUGCUUAGUUUUCCUUUGCAAUUUUCGUCUUGCUAGGAAUUUUGGAUUAGGGGUUAAGCUCCUCCUGCGGCUGCUACAUGCUGUGGUAGUCUCUCUCUGGCAACAAUGUAAAGAGAAAAGGAGCAGCGUCAUGGUGAUCAAAAUUCUCUGCAAUCUUGCUGCUGUAACAAGACUCAUGGAGUCACUCAUGGAGUCAUGGUGAUAAGCUGUGUCUGUUCGAAUGGGAUAAGCGCUUAUCAUGGCACCUAUUUCUCCUAGUCCU